AUGGCUCAAGUCCAGGAUUCAGUACUACAGCAGUCCAGGAUUCAGUACUACCACUGCGUCAUACAACUUGACUACCACCGCUAUUCUAGCAUAGAUAAAUUUGUACCUAAAAAGACAGUCGUUGACACCAACACACCACCUUGGAUAGACCGGGAUUUUAAACACAUGAUUAAGAAGAAAUACACAGCUCUACGACAAUAUCGUCAGAAACGAACGGAAGGACGAAAACGCGAACUCCGUCAGUUGAUACAGGAAACUAAGGACUUGAUUAAACAAAAACGCCAUCAAUACAUAGAAAAAGUUCAAGAUUCCCUCGCAAAAUCACCUAAGUUAUUCUGGUCCUACCACAAACAUAUCCUCCGCAGUAGAAAUUCCCCACCUGCUAACACGUACAACAACUCAACUGCAACAACACCACACAAAAAAGCAGAACUUUUCAACGCAUUCUUCGCCUCUGUUAUUCUUCCGAAGUCAUCUUCCCAAGAUGCAAACCUGAACAUGACGCCGAAAACUGACGAAAUAAUAUCUGAUAUUCAGAUCUCGCAGAAUGAAGUCGAGCAGUACCUUAACCAUUUGGACACAACAAAGGCUUAUGGCCCAGACGGAAUACCACCACGUCUACUGAAAGAAUUCUCAAGAGAAAUGUCGACAAGCCUCUGCAGUUUGUUCAACAUGUCCUUAACAACAGGCCGCCUACCUAUGGAAUGGAAACAUGCGAACGUUAUACCCAUCCACAAAAAAGACUGUGUCGAACCCAUGACCAACUACCGUCCCAUUUCCCUUCUGCCAAUAAUUUCCAAAGUUCUCGAAAGAUGCGUUUUCAAUAACAUUUACCCCUUUGUUCGUGUACUGAUCAAUAAUGUCCAACAUGGCUUCUUAAGAAAUCGUUCAUGUAUAACCCAGCUUCUAGGUAUACUACAUGAAACUGGUAAAAAUCUGGAUCGAAACAAACAAAUCGACGUGCUAUACCUAGAUUUCUCGAAAGCGUUCGACUCUGUAGAUCAUGACAUCCUACUUCACAAACUACAAAUGCAUGGCAUAAACGGAACGCUUUUACGAUGGUUCGAAAACUACUUGAACGAUAGAUGGCAGCGAGUUGUCAUUGAUGGUGCAGCCUCUGCAUGGUCUCCAGAAAGAUCUUGGUAUGCUCGUGACCAGCAAUUUGAAAUGGGGCCCACACAUACUCAAGAUGGUGGCGAAAGCAAAUAA